UGUGUAAAUAGAACAUGCUGCGCAUGCAUGCUUUUUUUUGUUGAUCGUUCAUGAGACAAUUCUUUUUUGAGAAUCUGAGUUUUUUUUUGUUGAAAUUCUUUGUUUUUCUUUUGAUAUUCCGUGUUGUAAACAGAUUAACUAUCGAUAAGGAUAGAUAACGUUCGUGCAAGAAACAGUUUAAAAAUGGGACAUAAACGAAGUUUGGAAAAUACGAAUGGUCAUGUUGAUGGUCACGAAGAAGUAGUUCUUGUUGAUCAACAACCAUCAAGUAAAAAGAUGAAAACAUCAAAAAAAUCUAAUGAAUCAAUUCAACUUGACGAUACUAAUACGGAUGAAAUGUCAAUCAAAAAUGAAUUAAUAGAAAAUGGUGGUGAAAAUGUUGAAAUUGUUCCACGAACACGACGUGACAUGAUACAAUUACCAUAUGAUCAGAAAUUGAAAUUUGUAUCGGUCAUCGCUCAACCAAUGGCUGGAAAAAAAUUGGCUAAAAAAAUAUUUAAAUUAUUACGUAAAGCAAGUAAACAAUCACGAAAAGAACAGCUACGUAUUGGAUUAAAAGAAGUACAGCUUCGUAUACGUAAAGGUGAACGUGGAAUAAUUGUAUUUGCUGGCGAUGUUACACCAAUCGAAAUUAUGUGCCAUUUACCGGCCGUUUGUGAAGAUAAAGAUAUACCAUACAUUUAUGUACCGUUUCGUACGGAUAUAUCAUCAGCAAUUGGUGUACGACGACCAGCUUUAAUGGUAUUGAUUAAAAAACAUGAUAAUUAUCAAGAAUUAUAUGAUGAAUGUGAACAAAAAAUUCGUGAAUUAAUGAUUGAAUUUAUGAAAACUAUUUGAAUUAUUUGAACAAAAAAAAAACAUUGAUUUUG